CCCACAAUGCACCAUGGAAGCUCAGGGUCAAAAACAAUGCUGAAUUUGGAGAUGUUUGUCUUUAGAUAACCAACAUAGACGGCUCUUAGAGGCAGGAUGGACAGAGAACCACGGAACGCCGUUGUUUUCAACUCCUCCAAAAGAGAGCUGUUCACUGCCAGCAGUGGUUACAAGUCUCUUCAGAAGAGACUGAGGGCACAGUGGAGAAUUCAGAGCAUCAAAGAGGAGCUGACGGCGGAGAAACUGCAUGGUGCGAAGCUGUGGAUCACCGCGGGUCCUCGAGAGAAGUUCACGGCUGCUGAGUUGGAAGUCCUGAAGCAGUAUCUGAAUGGCGGUGGAAACGUCCUUGCGAUGCUGGGAGAAGGAGGGGAAGUCAGCUAUGAUACAAAUAUCAAUUUCCUCCUGGAAGAGUUUGGAAUAAUGAUCAACAGUGACACUGUAGUGCGAAACAUGUACUACAAGUAUUUCCAUCCCAAAGAAGCACUUGUGUCCAACGGUGUUCUCAACAGGGAGAUCAGUCGUGCGGCUGGGAAAGUGGUGACGGGGAUCAUUGAUGAUGAAAAUACUGGAAACAAUGCACAGGCCAUCACCUUUGUGUAUCCAUACGGAGCUACACUGAAUGUCAUGAAGCCUGCCAUAGCUGUCCUGUCCACUGGCUCUGUGUGCUUCCCUCUCAACCGGCCGGUUCUGGCUUUCUACCAAAUUGCAAAUGCAGGGAAGCUGGCAGUGUUGGGUUCGUGCCACAUGUUUAGUGACCAGUAUCUGGACAAGGAGGAGAACAGUAAAAUUCUGGAUGUCGUGUUCCAGUGGCUGAUGACUGACAACAUUCACCUUAAUCAAAUAGAUGCCGAAGACCCAGAGAUCACAGACUACACCAUGUUACCAGACACAGGACGCCUGUCUGACAGACUGAGGGUGUGUCUGCAGGAGGGGGACGAAAAUCCACGAGACUUCACCUCACUUUUUGACAUGACUCUGUUUAAACUGUCCACUGAUACUCUGCCCUCUGUUGUUAGGGCCUACAAGCAGCUGAACGUCAAACACGAGCCGCUCCAGUUGAUCACGCCUCAGUUCGAAACGCCACUGCCGCCUCUGCAGCCGGCCGUCUUCCAGCCUGCUUUUAGGGACCUGCCCCCGCCCAUGCUCGACCUCUUUGACCUCGACGAAACCUUCUCAUCGGAGAAAGUGCGAGUAGCUCAGCUCUCGAACAAAUGCACAGACGACGACCUUGAGUUUUACGUGCGGAAGUGCGGAGACAUUUUAGGGGUUACUGGAAAGCUGGACAAAGAGAAAAGAGAUGCCAAACACAUCCUGGAGCACAUCUUCUUUCAGGUGGUGGAGUUCAAAAAACUGAACCAGGAACAUGAUAUCGACACAACGCAGACAAGAUUUUCCCCGUUCUGAAGCUGGACAGUAAACGAAGUGGAGGUCUGCUGGCAUGGAGGCUGUACGAGAGAUUUCUUGGACGUAUCUACACGUAGAUUCAACUAGUGUCUGGACUCGAGUGCUAAAGGUCUCAGAGUCGGUCUGUUGAUCCAGGAUCUGUUACUCCAUAGACGUAAUAACAAAGACACAUUGCUGCACCCAACCUGAAGAAAAUACUUCUGCUCCUCUUAACUCUUUAUUCACACUCAAAGCGGGUUCCCGCUAUACUGGACCUGAACGUACCUGCUGGUUUUUGCUUUGACGGUUGAUUAUGUCUGGUUUAUGUUGUGAAGAGUUCACUACAUGUAGAGGUUUUUGCAGUUACUUUUUUUUUUUUACAUUAUAACUUCACUAUUUGCAUAUUUAAACAGUCCACAGAUUAAUAACCUUAUAUAAUAAACUCCAAUAUAAUCUCA